GUGUGCCAGGCCCUGCUGCUGUCCCUGUCUGCACUGUCUCUGUCUCUGGUUUGUGAGGAGGACGGCACGGAGGUGGACUCCGACGAGUUCCUCAUGACGCUGCCUGACAACACCACGCUCAUGGCCCUGGAGCCUGGACAGACGUGGAGACCACAGCCGGGUGCGGUCGUGUCCAGGUCUCAAGACCACGACAAGCCUCGGACCGGGAGAGACAUCGCACGUGUCACCUUUGACCUCUACAGGAUGAGCCCAAAAGACGUCUUUGGCUCGCUGAGUGUGAAGGCCACGUUUCAGGGUCUGUACUCUGUGAGCGCCAACUUUCAGUGUCUGGGGCCCAAGAAAGUCCUCAGAGAAGCCCUGCGUGUAGCCUCCACCCUCCUACAUGCCGCCGGACACCUGCUUAUCACUUCCGCCUCCAUGAUUCGACGCAUUAUCGAAGGCGCUGAUCUUUGGCAGCCACAGCGGACAGAGUACAGCGCCAGCUGGAACUGACGGGCCCGAGAGAUACAUAUUCAGCUGUAACAUCUGAUAUCAUUGACUGAAAGGGUUACUAAGGUGUUUUUAAACCCGGAUUCUGUUUUCCAAUGUUUUUGUGUCAAAGUGACUGAAAGUGAAGUUAAAGAGAAUAUAGAAAAUCAGCUCUGAAAUUGCUAUUGUCAAACCCACCAGACUCCAUAUAAAAAAUCAGUUAUUUUACAAUCCUAAAAACACUUCAUUCAAAUUUAUCA